AUGUCUGGCACUGAGGAAGUCAAAGAACAAGCAGAAGUUGUAAUGGAGGAUGUUGACAAGUCUCUGCCGACAAAACAACAGGAAGAGGAAGCCGUCAGAAAGAAAUAUGGAGGAAUAUUGCCCAAGAAACCACCACUAAUUUCCAAGGAUCAUGAGCGCGCCUAUUUUGACUCGGCUGAUUGGGCUUUGGGAAAGCAAGGUGUAGAGAAGCCCAAAGGACCACUUGAGGCUCUCCGACCAAAAUUACAGCCAACACAACAGCAAACACGAUACCGCAAAUCUCCUUAUGCUCCAUCAGGAGAAGAAGUUCUCAUUGAUAUUUCAGAAAUGCAAAUGCCUCAAAUAGUAGGAAAGAUUUCCUGGACGCUGGCCGUCCCCUCCGCUCAGCACCAGAGCCGAGGAGAACCACGGUGGAAAUGUCGAGAUCCUCCACUCCAAACCCCAAAACCGGAGAAAUUGAAGCCACCGCCCACAUUUGAAGAAAAGCCGAGGACCGCCAACGCAGACAAUCCCGGGAUUCGCCGCCCGCCACUCCGUCCAAGCGCCAUGACCAAGGUGAGACCUAGAUCCACGACGAGCAGCAUCUCCUCCCCGGCGAAGAAGCCCACCUCCAUUCGGUUAUUCUCUAGACAACGGGUUUGA